AUGUCUCUAGAGAAUUCCGAAGAUGACCUCGCUCCUGAGCCUGACGUGCCGGAUGAUUUCUCUGCUACGACGAGCCUCCGAAGCUCCAUCGUAGACUACCGCGUCGAGAAUGGCAGAACAUAUCAUCGUUACAAAGAAGGCAGUGAGUCGCGAACCCAUGACCUCCGGGAUCCCCGCCCUAAACAGCCCUUAGAAUACUUUGGGCCGAACGACGAGCUGGAAACCGAUCGGCUAGACCUGCAACACCACCUGUUCCUUCUCACAUUCGACAACAGGCUGGGAUUCGCGCCUCCGAAUGAUCCCGAGUGGAACGGCGGCCGCGUGCUCGACGUUGGGACUGGCACCGGCAUCUGGUGCAUCGACUUUGGCGACGAGCAUCCCAAUGCUGACGUCCUCGGCUUCGAUCUGUCGGCCACGCAGCCAGAGUUCGUCCCGCCCAACGUUCAGUUCGAAGUAGACGACCUCGACAACGAGUGGAUCUACUCGAGGCACUUUGACUACAUCCACAUCCGCGGCAUGUCAGGAAGCGUGCGCAAUUGGCCCGAACUCCUCAGAAAGUGCUACGAUAACCUCAACCCCGGCGGCUACAUCGAGCUCCAAGAAGUAGAAGAGACAAUCAUCCGCGCAGAUAGCUCGACAUCCACGAGCGAUGCCUUUUCCAGGUCCCUCGCCUACGUCUCCUCGGCCCUAAAAGUCUUUGGGUGCCCCUUUGUCCCCCUCGACGACCUCGCGACCCUCGUCUCCACCACGGGCUUCAGCGACGUCCAAGACCGCCGCUUCAUCUGGCCCCUCAACAGCUGGCCGCGCGAUCCGCACCUCAAGGAGCUCGGGUCCUGGACGCGCGAGAACCUCGCCUCCAACACGGCCGGCAUGAUUAUGGCGCCCAUGACGCGGGUGCACGGGUGGACGGAGGAGGAGGUGCACGUCUUUGCCGCCGAGGUGCGGAGGGACCUCGCUGAUCGUGGGAAUCACGCGUACUGGCCACUGUGA